AUGCCGGAAGCCGGGCGGGUGCCGCGGGGAGGGGACGGGGGUGACACAGGCCACACAGUUGCAUCACCAGUGGUUGAGCAAGCGUCGCAGCCGGGGCACCUCCCGGACCCGGACGUGGCCGGUGCAGGCACCGGCUGCCCCAUGGGGAUGCCGUCACUCUGCACCCGGGGGGUGGGUGGCCCCGGUCCCCCCGGCUCCAGGCAAGGAGCAGUGCCCCAGGUGCUGAGGAGCUGCACCGAAUUCGUGGAGCAGCACGGGGUGGUGGACGGCAUCUACCGCCUGUCGGGCGUCUCCUCCAACAUCCAGCGGCUGCGGCAGGAGUUCGACAGCGACCGCUGCCCCGACCUGCAGAAGGACGUCUACCUGCAGGACAUCCACUGCGUCAGCUCCCUCUGCAAGGCGUAUUUCCGUGAGCUCCCCAACCCCCUCCUCACCUACCAGCUCUAUGACAAAUUUGCUGACGCGGUGGCCAUCCAGAUGGAAGAGGCUGGUCGGGGGAAGAUCAAGGAAGUGCUGAAGGAGCUGCCGGUGCCCCACUAUAGGACCCUGGAGUUCCUGAUGAGGCACCUCCUGCACAUGGCGUCCUACAGCAGCCAGACCAACAUGCACGCCAGGAACCUGGCCAUCGUCUGGGCACCCAACCUGCUGCGGUCGAAGGACAUCGAGGCGACGGGGUUCAACGGCACGGCGGCGUUCAUGGAGGUGCGCGUCCAGUCCAUCGUGGUGGAGUUCAUCCUCACCCACGUCGAGCAGCUCUUCGGGGACGCUCCUCUCUGCAGUACGUCCUGGCCGGGGAGGCGGGGGAACGCAGAUGGCGAGGGGGUCCCCAGCGGGACCCUGACGCAGCCCCCGCCGUACCACGUGCCGGCCACACUCAGCCAGGGCGACGGGCCCCCUCCAAUCCGGCCCUACCACACCAUCAUCGAGCUCAGCGACCACAGGAGGAAGGGCUCCCUCAAGGCCAAGAAGUGGAGGUCCAUCUUCAACCUGGGUCGCUCCAGCCACGAAGCCAAACGCAAGCUGGUGAAGGCGGAGGAGAAAGAUAACAAGUGCGACAAAAUAAGCUUGCGGCCAGCCAAGAGCAUGGACUCGCUCAGCUCCGUCCCCUUCGCCAGCGACGACAACCCUCGGCUGAGCAAGAAGCAGUCGGAGCCGCCACAGCGCCGGGAGAGCUUCGCCCCCUGCCAAUCGCUGCCGGCGCCAGAGAGCUGCCCCGAGCUGGACGAGAGCCUGGAGGAGAAGCUGAAGGGGAAGGAGGAGCCGCGGGGCCCCGAGUCGGAGGGUGAAAGCAGCACCAAGUCGGAGCCCACCACCCCCAAAGCUGGCCGGGCCUUGCUGGUGACCCCCGGCCGCUCGCCCAAGGCCGCCCGCAGCCGUGCCGAGAAGUGGGAGGAGAAGGUGGAUGCGGAGGAGACCCGGCUCUCCCUGGAGCUGCGGGACUCCUUCGCCUUCCUGGACAGCCAGGAGACGUGGCUGGAGGGCAGUGGGGACUGGGAGCUGGCGGCACGGUCCCUGCUGCCGGACACCUGCCCUGGGGACAGCGAGGGGUUCCCGGCCAUGGAGGAGGGGAUGGACAGCGGGUUCAUGAAUCCGGGGGAGCCCCCCAUGGAGCAGCCCGCCAGCUACCUCUCCAUCGAGGAGUGCAUGGACGAGGAGAUGUUCUUCAUGGCUCCCAGCGGCUCGGACAUCGAGGACCGUGCCGGGGACACCGACUCGGAUGACAUGUUCCUCAGUGCCCACGACGACCUCAGCCCGCUGGUGGCAUCGCUGGAGCCCCUCGACCAGCCGCUGGGUGAGGGUACAGCCCCGGAGACCCCGGCACCGGCCCAACCUGACACCAAUGGCACUGAUGGCACCGCCGUGCCGCAGGACAGGUCUCCGACACCGGGGCCGGCAGGGCCGUGCCCCACGGAGGAGGACGCUCCGGGUGAGGGGGAGCACCCGGGGGACCCUGCUGGGGUGCUGGCAGAGGCGGGGGCAGCAGACACCAGCCAGCUCCCAGGGGAGGGCAGUGGAGGGGAAGGGGCCACAGACGGCGGACCUGGCCCCAGCAGAACUGACUCCAGUGCUGAAGCCAGCCUGGGGGACGAGGGCGGAGGAGCCGGGGGCCCCACGGGAGCAGGGCCGGUUCUCCACCCCGAUGC